CGCGAUUGGGGCAAUGUGAAGAGUCGUGGACUGUAAGAGUGCUGCGACACAACCAGAGACUCUGCCAUCGAAAGAUAUAAAUUGGCGAUGCCGCCGAAGCGUCGUAGAAGAUUCCAUGGCCUAUAUUACCAUUCAUCGCCACCCAAAGUUAUGCCGAUGAACGGACAGACGGGCGGCCUGAAUGGAAGCAAGCGGCGCAGCAACGAUGAUUUCUCGGUGAAGCUAUCCACCAUCCGUAUCUGGAUGCACGAAAAGGACAUUGGCAAACUGACGCGCAUUCUGUGGGCGGGCCAAGGACAUCGCCUGUGCCAGCAGGCCAGCAACAAUGGGCGUGUCAAGCGUUUCCUCGCCGCCGUGCCACAUGUCAUGAAUGCCAUCAAGGAUCUGCAUCAGGCGGUGAUCGACAACAAUCUGGAAACGGUGCAGGCGCAACUGGAGCCGCCCGUUGCCGCCGCCCUGGUGACCUGCAAGGACGGCAAUGGCCUGAAUGUCAUCCACAAGGCCGCUGGCCUGGGCCACACCAAGAUACUCGAAUAUCUGGUCGGCCUCUGGCCGGAGGGGGCCCACGAGAUGGACAUCACCGGCAAGACGCCGCUCCAUUGGGCAGCCAGUGCCAAAAACAACAUGCGCUGCUACACCCUGCUCACCCAGGCGGGCUGUGACGAGGAGGCCCUCGACUAUAAAAUGAAGACACCCUCGUACUACCGCCACAAGCCGCACGAAAUCGAGCGGGCCUUUCUCGUCUAUGUGCCGGAGGCACCGCGUGUCUCCCCCGAGAGCACCACCGACUGGGAGGCCUUGAGCGAUGAGAGCGGCGACAACAGUGCCGGCGGCGAUGCGGCCAGCAAGAAAUCGGACAUUAAAGUGGCCCCCACUGUGAAUGGACGUAAGUCUCUGGACGACAGCAUCGAGAACACCUCGGAGCUGGACACAAACGAUGGUACAAGUGCCAAUGAUGAGGAAGAUGAUUUGUCCAAGGCGGAUGUGGAUGUGGAGGUGGAGGUGGACGUGGAUGGGGAUACGGUGCCAGAGCCGGCAGAAGUGCCGCCAUUGCAGCGCCGACCGGAAACGCCGGCCACAUUCAACAAUGGCCACAUCAAUGGCGACGACAUCGAAGGCGACACCGAAGGCGACAGUGAGGCGACACCGGAGAAUAUUGCAAGCGCUGUAAGCGGCGGUAAGGAAGGAGGAGAAGAAACUGCUGGCCAGGGUGGAGAGGAGCCGAAGGAACAGGAACAGGAACAGUCUGCUGCAACCGAGGAGGCAAACCACGAAGAAGCUGCCACAGAGCAGGAGCAGGAGCAGGAGCCGGAGCAGCAGCAGGAGCCUGCCACUGGGAGUGAGCUAAAAGUUAACGAAAAGACUGAAGAGGCGCAGCCAGAGACGGAACCAGAAGGGGAAGUGCCAGAGGCAGCAGUUGAAGAGGCAAAGAUCAGCGAGGCGGAGGCGAAGGUGGAGGUGGAGCAGCCGGUACCAGUGACUGAGCAGAAGGAUUCCCAGGAUCUGGAUAAUGUAGAAGAGAAUGACGAUGACGAUGAUGAGGUACACUUUGGCGUGCUUUAGGUGUCCAGCGUGCAACAUGUUUUGUAGUUCUCUCACCGUACCGUAUGUUGUGUGUGCCGUUCAAUCGCUCAAAAAACAAAACACUUUUCGAACUCAAAUGUGAACUGUAAAAUGAAAGCAAACCAACUAUCCUAUCAAUCAAACAAUCAAUCAGUCAAUCAACUGCAGCAGGCACCCCAAAUUUCCAUUCAUUCUAAUUGUUUUCCACACCAACAACAACAACAACAACAAUACAAAGCAGCAGCAGAAACAACAGCCAGAGCCACCUGCAACAGCAACCAGCAGCAGCAGCAGCAGCAGCCCAAGAAUGAAUAACCGCAGCAAUCAGCUUACAUAAUGAUAUAUAACCAGACAUAUUUAAUUCUUUAUUCAGCUAUACAUAUAUACCCUACAUAUAUACUACAUAUAUAUAUAUUUUGUAAAUGCAAAGUGUGUUAAGUUCUCUUCGCUCGAAGUAAACAAAAAAAAAUACUAUUAAACCAUAAACGAUAACAGUAACCAAUUAAAAA